UAAAGGACCAGAGGCUCAUCCUCCAGGUGUCAAAUAAUACACAUCUAGUUUUCUCUGCAUCCCAGGACACAGUCCUCUCAGGAGUGGAUGCUAUUUUUCUGAAUAGUCUGGAUUCUGCUUUUUGUUAAUCUUGCUGGGGACUCAUUCAGUCUUUGAGCCUCCUUUGGUUAAAGAAGCAUAAAGCUACCAUCUAGAAACACAAGUUAGAAUUGUACUGUGAGAUUCCUGAUUUUUGGAGCAUUGGAAAUACCCUGAGGUUUUCUGCUCUUCUAGUAGUUCUUCCUGACUUGAUCCAGUUCCCUCAGAAAAGCCUUGUCACCAGGCCAAGUCAGUAGUGUUUCCCUGUCCCCCUCACUGGAUUUCACCAUUUUGAGAAAAAAACAACCUGUUCAUGAGUGAGCAAAUGUCCCACCUGCAUCACCAGGCCAGAAUCACUCCAAAAUCCCCACUACAUCCUUACUACUAUCAGAAUGAACUUGUGUCCUCCUCAUGGCUCAAACAUCUGGCCACAGCUAGACAACUGUCUCAGAUUUUUCCCAGGACAAAGGCUAUACCUUUACCUCACCUUCAUCACCAGAAUAUGGCUAAAGUCUCCUCAAGUUGCAAAUUCCAGAAAGUCACCUCAGUCUUGUUCUUGCAUAAUAGGCAUGACAUCAAGGCUAAAGUAGCCUUGAAAUCCUUCAACCAAUAUCUCAUACCUCCUCUUGCCUCCAAACACCAACCUGAAUUUCCAUUGGCCCAGGACCACCUUACCAAGACUUUCCAUUUGAUUGUGAAUCUACAACCCCGCAACCAACAACUCCCAUCUCCAGUAUUUUCUGACAAUAAGGCUAAGCACUCCCCAUUGCUGGGCUAUGGGCCCCUGACUGAAGAAAGGACAUAUCCUGGCUCCCAGGGCAAGGACAUGCCAUCUGUUAUCUCAGUGAGCCAGGUUAAAGUUACAAGGAGGUCCAAGGUCAAGGUUGCAACCAUUUCUGUAUCAGAAUGUUUUGACCUGAGACAUACAGGCACCAUUACACCAUCACUUUGUCUUAGCCACUGGUCCAGGACCACAGCAUCGAAAACACUAGACCUGGACCACUGGGUCCAAGCAAAGUCUCCCAAGAUGUCAUAUCCUGACCUCCACCUCAGGGAAACAGCAUCCCUAUUAAGAUGCCUUGACCACCAUUCCAGGUUCUUGGCUGCAUAUUCAUUACACCUGAAUCAGAGAACAAGAACACUUUCUCCAUAUCCACCGGGCCCCAAACAUUGGAUUAAAGGUACAAAUGUGGCAUCACCAGAUUCAAACCUUCAGUCCAGAACAAGAUUUGGUCCAUCACAAAGCUUUAAAUCAUGGGUCCAGAGAUCAGUUAGUCACUGGGCCACAACUACCUUUGUGCCCUUACCAUUAUAUCACCAAAUGGCUGAUAUUCCAGCCAAACAGGUCUUAGUCCAACCCACCCCUAAUCAUCAGGUCAUAUGUCCACUGAGGUCUGAACAUCAGGCCAAGCAUAUGACAGUCACCUAUACCCAGGUCUUGAUCCAGCAAAAACAAGACGACUGUGAAGUGAUGCCACAAGAUCUAGACUAUCAAGAAACAAUGCUAAAAAUACAGGCUUAUUGGACAACACCCCCACUGGACAUAAAACACAAUCAUACUGCUCUACCCAACUAUGAACAGAGAACAACUCCACUCAGUCCUAGGCACCAGAUGGAAAAGGAACCUGACCCCAAAAUCCAGGUCAUACUCCAACCAGAACUAGAUGACUUGGAAACGGUAUCACUAGGACCAGAUCACAAGGACAAGAUUCCACAUUCCAUAGGUCAAAAUCAACAGGCAACACCUUCACAGGGUAUAAUAGACCCUCAGAAUAUAAUUUUAUCUAGUCCUGAACACCAGGUCACACCACUACCCAGCGAUGAUCACCAUGCUGAAGAUAUAGCAGUAGAAUCCAGUGGUCAGUUCAAAUUCCAUCAAGAACUAGAUGAGUGGGAACCACUUUUACAAAGAGGACUUAACCACUUGUCUUCACCCCCAGCCAACAAUGACCACCAAGCUCAGGGUACCCCAGAAAAUCCAAGUGCCCACAUCACACUCAAAGAACUAUAUAGUUGGGACCCAUUUUGGACAGCAGGACUAGACUACCAAACUACAUAUCUACCUGGAAAUGACCAUCAAGCCCAGGAUAUACCAGCAAACCACAGUGCCCAGGUCAUAUUCAACCAAAAAGUAGAUAAGCAAGAAUCAUUUUGGACACAAGGACUAAACAAUCAGUUAACACCUCCACCAAAUAAUGACCACCAAACCCAGGAUAUACCAGCAAAGCAGAGUGCCCAGGUCAUAUUCAAUCUAAAAAUAGAUAGGCAAGAAACAUUUGGGACACAAGGACUAAACCAUCAGUCAAUACCUCCACCAAAUAAUGACCACCAAGCCCAGCAUGUCCCAGAAGACUCUAGCGUACACAUUACAUUUGAACAAGAACCAGAUGACCAGAGCAUAUUUUAUACAACAGAGCUAGAUCACCAAACUACACCUUCACCUGGCAAUGAAAAAGAGAUCCAGGAAAUACCAGACUCUAAUUCAGAGGCCUCACUUCAACAACAAAAAGAUGAAUUUGGACCAACAGAAAUAGAUAAGCAAAGCACAAUUCUAACAGAUCAGGUUGACUCAGUAAUACCCACAUUAAAACUAAACCACAAUAGAACCUCACCUAAAACUUAUGAGGCCACAACUCCAUCAAGUCAUGAUGACCAGGCUUCAGAUGUAUCAGGCCUCAAGGUCCACACCACACUCCAACAAGAAUUAGAUGAAAGAGAAACAUUUUGGCCAACAGUAGUAGACAAGCAAGACACAAAUCUAAUGGAUGAGGUUUACUGGGCAACAUCCCCAAGGGCCAUAAAAUACCAAAACACAAUUUCACUUGAUCCUCAAUAUGAGCACAUACCUUCACCCAGUCAUCGUGACCAGGCUUCAGAUGUAUCAGACCUCAAUGCCCAGGCUACACUCCAACAAGAAAUACGUGAAAAGGAAACAUUUGGUCCAUUAAAAUUUGACAAGCAGACCUCAACUCUAACAGAACAUAUUUACUGGACAACAUGCUCAUGGGACAUAAAAUGCCAAUAUAAAACUUUACCUGAUCCUCAUCAUGGGGCCACACCUAUACACAACCAUGGUGAUCAGGCUUUGGUAACAUCAGACCUCAAUGCCCAGGACACACUUCAAAAAGAAACAAGUAAAAGGGAAACAUUUUGGCCAACCAAAGUAGACAAACAGGACACGGUGACUCUAAUGGAUGAGGUUUACUGGGCAACACCCACAUUGAAUCUAAAACAUCAGUGCAGAACUUCACCUGACCCUUACCAUGAGACCACACCUCUACCCAGCCAUGAAGACCAGGCUUCAGAUGUAUCAGAUUUCAAUGACCAGGCUACACUAGAUCAAGAAAUAGAUAAAUGGGAAGCAUUUGAGGCAACAGGACUUGUCAAACAGGCCACAACUCCAAAAAUAAAGGUUUACUUGGCAACAUCCCCAUGUGACAUAAAACACCAAGGCGGAACUUCAACUAGCCCUCACCAUGAGGCCACACCUCUACCCAGCCCUGGUGACCAGGCUUCAGAUGUAUCAAACCUUAAUACCCAGGCCACAUUCCAACAAGAACAAGGUAAAAAGGAAACAUUUUGGCCAAUAAAAUUUGAUAAGCCAGCCACAACUGUAACAGAACAUAUUUACUGGACAACAUCCCCAGGGGACAUAAAACACCAAGACAAAACUUCAUUUGACCCUCAAUGUGAGCACAUACCUUCAUCCAGCUAUGGUGACCAAGCUUCAGCUAUAUCAGACCUCAAUGCCCAGGCCACAUUCCAGCAAGAAAUAGGUAAAAGGGAAAUAUUUUGGCCAACCAAAGUAGACAAACAGGACACAGUGGCUCUAAUGGAUGAGGUUUACUGGGAAAUACCCACAUUAAAACACCAAGAUAGAACUUUACCUGACCCUUACCAUGAGGCCACACCUCUACCCAGCCAUGAAGACCAGGCUUCAGAUGUAUCAGACUUCAAUGACCAGGCUACACUAGAUCAAGAAAUAGACGAAUGGGAAGCCUUUGGGGCUACAGAACUUGUCAAACAGGCCACAACUCCAAAAAUAAAGGUUUACUUGGCAACAUCCCCAUGUGACAUAAAACACCAAGGCAGAACUUCAACUAGCCCUCACCAUGAGACCACACCUCUACCCAGCCAUGAAGACCAGGUUUCAGAUGUAUCAGACUUCAAUGACCAGGCUACACUAGAUCAAGAAAUAGACGAAUGGGAAGCCUUUGGGGCUACAGAAUUUGUCAAACAGGCCACAACUCCAAAAAUAAAGGUUUACUUGGCAACAUCCCCAUGUGACAUAAAACACCAAGGCAGAACUUCAACUAACCCUCACCAUGAGGCCACACCUCUACCCAGUCAUGGUGACCAGGCUUCAGAUGUAUCAAACCUUAAUACCCAGGCCACAUUCCAACAAGAACAAGGUAAAAGGGAAACAUUUUGGCCAAUAAAAUUUGAUAAGCCAGCCACAACUGUAACAGAACAUAUUUACUGGACAACAUCCCCAGGGGACAUAAAACACCAAGAUAAAACUUCAUUUGACCCUCAAUAUGAGCACAUACCUUCAUCCAGCCAUGAAGACGAGGCUUCAGCUAUAUCAGACCUCAAUGCCCAGGCCACAUUCCAACAAGAAGAAGGUAAAAGGGAAAUAUUUUGGCCAACCAAAGUAGAUAACAAACAGGACACAAUGGCUCUCAUGGAUGAGGUUUACUGGGCAAUAUCCACAUUAAAACACCAAGCUAGAACUCCACCUGGCCCUCACCAUGAGGCCACACCUCUACCCAGCCCUGGUGACCAGGCUUCAGAUGUAUCAAACCUUAAUACCCAGGCCACAUUCCAACAAGAACAAGGUAAAAGGGAAACAUUUUGGCCAAUAAACCUUGAUAAAGCAGCCACAACUGUAACAGAACAUAUUUACUGGACAACAUCCCCAGGGGACAUAAAACACCAAGAUAAAACUUCAUUUGACCCUCAAUAUGAGCACAUACCUUCAUCCAGCCAUGAAGACGAGGCUUCAGCUAUAUCAGACCUCAAUGCCCAGGCCACAUUCCAACAAGAAGAAGGUAAAAGGGAAAUAUUUUGGCCAACCAAAGUAGAUAACAAACAGGACACAAUGGCUCUCAUGGAUGAGGUUUACUGGGCAAUAUCCACAUUAAAACACCAAGCUAGAACUCCACCUGGCCCUCACCAUGAGGCCACACCUCUACCCAGUCAUGGUGACCAGGCUUCAGAUGUAUCAAACCUUAAUACCCAGGCCACAUUCCAACAAGAACAAGGUAAAAGGGAAACAUUUUGGCCAAUAAACCUUGAUAAAGCAGCCACAAUUGCAACAGGACAUGUUUACUGGACAACAUCCCCAGGGGUCAUAAAACACCAAGAUAAAACUUUAUUUGACCCUCAAUAUGAGCACAUACCUUCAUCCAGCCAUGAAGGCGAGGCUUCAGCUAUAUCAGACCUCAAUGCCCAGGCCAUAUUCCAACAAGAAGAAGGUAAAAGGGAAAUAUUUUGGCCAACCAAAGUAGAUAACAAACAGGACACAAUGGCUCUCAUGGAUGAGGUUUACUGGGCAAUAUCCACAUUAAAACACCAAGCUAGAACUCCACCUGGCCCUCACCAUGAGGCCACACCUCUACCCAGUCAUGGUGACCAGGCUUCAGAUGUAUCAAAUCUUAAUACCCAGGCCACAUUCCAACAAGAACAAGGUAAAAGGGAAACAUUUUGGCCAAUAAACCUUGAUAAAGCAGCCACAAUUGCAACAGGACAUGUUUACUGGACAACAUCCCCAGGGGUCAUAAAACACCAAGACAAAACUUCACUUGAUUCUCAAUGUGAGCACAUACCUUCACCUAGCCAUGGUGACCAAGCUUCAGCUAAAUCGGACCUCAAUGCCCAGGCCACAUUCCAACAAGAACAAGGUAAAAGGGAAAUAUUUUGGCCGACUGAAGUAGACAACAAACAGGACACAACGGCUCUCUUGGAUGAGGUUUACUGGGCAAUACCCACAUUAAAACACCAAGAUAGAACUCCACCUGACCCUCACCAUGAGGUCACACCUCCUCCACCCAGCCAUGAAGACGAGGCUUCAGAUAUAUCAGACCUCAGUGCCCAGGCCACAUUCCAGCAAGAACAAGGUAAAAGGGAAACAUUUUGGCCAAUAAAAUUUGAUAAACUGGCCACAACUGUAACAGAACAUGUUUACUGGAUAACAUCCCCAUGGGACAUAAAACACCAAGAAAAAUCUUCACUUGACCCUCAGAGUGAGAGCAUACCUUCAUCCAGCCAUAGUGACCAAGCUUUAGUUAUAUCAGACCUCAAUGCCCAGGCCACAUUUGAACAAGAAAUAGGUAAAAGGGAAAUAUUUUGGCCAACCGAAGUAGACAAACAGGACACAACUCUAAUGGAUGAGGUUUACUGGGCAACACCCACAUUAAAACACCAAGACAGAACUUCACCUGACCUUCACCGUGAGGCCGCAUCUUCACCGAGUUAUGGUGACCAGGCUUCAGAUGUAUCAGACCUCAGUGCCCAGACCAUACUCCAACAAGAAAUAGGUGAAAGGGAAACAUUUUGGCCAACCAAAGUAGACAAACAGGACACAACUCUAAUGGAUGAGGACACAACUCUAAUGGAUGAGGACACAACUCUAAUGGAUGAGGACACAACUCUAAUGGAUGAGGACACAACUCUAAUGGAUGAGGACACAACUCUAAUAGAUGAGGACACAACUCUAAUGGAUGAAGUUUACUGGGCAACACCCACAUUCAAUCUAAAACACCCAGAUAGAACUUCACCUGACCUUCACCGUGAGGCCGCAUCUUCACCAAACUAUGAUGACCAAGCUUCAGAUGUAUCAGACCUCAGUGCCCAGGCCAUACUCCAACAAGAGCUAGGUAAAAAGGAAACAUUUUGGUCAACCAAAGUAGACAAACAGGACACAACUCUAAUGGAUGAGGUUUACUGGGCAACACCCUCAUAUCUAAAACACCAAUAUAGAACUUCACCUGACCUUCACCGUGAGGCUGCAUCUUCACCAAGCUACGGUGACCAGACUUCAGAUGUAUCAGACCUCAUUGCCCAGGCCGUACUCCAAAAAGGAUUAGGUAAAAGGGAAACAUUUUGGCUCACUGAAGUAGACAAACAGGACACAACUCUAAUGGAUGAGGAUUACUGGACAAUACCCACAUUGAAUCUAAAACACCAAUGCAGAACUUCACCUGACUGUCAUCAUGAGGCCACAUCUCCACCCAGCUAUGGUUACCAGGCUUCUGAUAUAUCAGUCACAUUCCAAGAAGAAAUAGAUGAAUGGGAAACAUUUUGGCCAAUAGAGGUAGACAAGGCAGCUACAACUCUAAUGGAUGAGGAUUACUGGGCAACAUCCCCAUUGGAUCUAAAACAUCACAACAGAAUUUCACCUGACCUUCACCAUGAGGCCAUACCUCCAUCAAGCCAUGGUGACCUUGCUUCAAAUAUAUCAGACCUCAGUGUCCACACCAAAUUCCAACAAGAACAAGGUAAAAGAGAAACAUUUUGGCUAACAAAAUUUGACAAGCAAGUCACAACUCCACAAGAACAGUUUUGCUGGUCAACCUCAUGGGACAUGAAAUACAAUGACUCUAAUCAUGAGGCCACAUUUAUAUCCAGCCAUGGUGACAAGGCUUCAGAGGUAUCAGACCUCAGUGUUCCAGUAACACUCAAAGAAGAAAUAGAUGAUUGGGAAACAUUUUGGCCAAUAGAAGUAGACAAGCAGGACACAACUCUAAUGGAUGAGGUUUACUGGGAAACAUCCAUAUUGGAUCUAAAACACCAGAGCAGAACUUCACCUAAUCUUCACCAUGAGAUCACACCUCCACCCAGCCAUGAUGACCAGGCUUUAAAGGUAUCAAACUUUAGUGUUCCAGUAACACUCCAAGAAGAAAUAGAUGAAUGGGAAACAUUUUGGCCAACAGAAGUAGACAAGCGGGGCACAACUCUUAACAGACCAAGUUUCCUAGGCAAUAUCCCCAUGGGAUAUAAAACACCAAGAUAGAACUUCACCUGAUGCUGACCACACAGCCACGACUCCACUCAACCAUGAAAAACAGUCUGUGGGUGUACCAGAUCCCAAAGCUCAGGUCACACUCCAACCAGAACUAAGCCAUUGGGAAAUAAUGCCAUCAGUAAUAGACCAAGAGGUAAUAAAUCCCACGUCAGCACUCCUGGGAAGCACCUUCAGUGGCUUGGAAAGUCUUAUGACAGCUAACUCCACAUUACCCUCCUGGACUAUAGGUGUCUUCCAGAGUACAAGGUGUUCUGGAGAGAGCACAGAAUUAGUCAUCUCUCUGUAACAUUCUCUAGAAGAUUCCUUCUCUAUUACGCCCAGUACCAAUGGAGCUCAAAGGAAAACAUCUUGUAAUCAAAUUAAAUCAUCCAUCUAUCUUA